AUGGCUAGUCCGCCAGUUCUAGCUUUCGAUGCCGAGGGCCGUCCAGUGAAGUUCGAAACCUGGCUCGAUGACCUGCACCUGUUCCUACAGCUCACUGCCAAGGAAGAUAUCUCACUGUACGACCACGCCCUAGGCCAUGCCACUGCCCCUGACUCGACUGCUGACAGCACUCUGCGUUCCCAGUGGCAGACCCGUGAUGCACACGCUCGCUUUGCUAUUCGCAACUCCCUGCCGCUAGACGAGCGCGAGCACUUCGGGCAGUGCAAGACUGCUAAGGACCUCUACACCGCUGUAGUUGCCCGCUACUCCUCACCCGCUUCUGCCACGUUAGGCCGCCUCACUCUCCCCUACCUGUUCCCCGACCUAGCCUCCUUUCACACUGUCGCAGACCUCAUCACCCACCUUAAGACUAGUGAGGCCCGCUUUCGCGCUGCUAUGCCUGCCGAGUUUCUCACUAGCAACCCCCCCCCGCUCUGGAUCACUCUCUACCACAUCGUCACCCGGCUCCCUGACUCUCUGCGCGCAGUCAGGGACCACUUCCUCUCUCGCUCCCCCACUGAGCUCACCGUUGCCCUCCUCGAGAAGGAACUGCUUGCAGCCGAGGCGAGCAUAGUCGCUGUAGGCACCUCUCGUGGCGACCCCCGCACCCCGUUCUUUGAGGGGUGUUCCCCUUCCCCCCUCCUCCCCUCUGUCGCCUCUGCUGCUGCUGUCGACCUUCUUGGUGCUGAGAAGGUCGGGACCGCGUCUGCUUCGAGCGGGCGCCGCAGGAACAAGGGCGGCCGGGGUGGGGGUGGCGGCGGAGGAGGUGGGGGUGGAGGCGGUGGGAGUGGAGGCGCGGCUGGGGAGACUAGUGGCGGCAGUGGGGGAGGAGACAGCAGCGGUGGGAGUGGUGGUGGAGGCGGCAGCGGAGGCGGAGGUGGUCGUGGCGGCGGCAGGGGUGGAGGUGGCCGGGGCGGCGGCGGUGGGGGUGGUGGUCGUGGAGGCACUGGCGGAGGGCAGAGUCAGCAGCCCGCCCCGACGCUUCAGGCCGCCCGUGAGUGGUAUGCGCAGCGUAGCGUUACCUGCACGUACGUCAUUCGCACAGGUGACCGCAGCGGGCAGCAAGGCCGCACCCCACGCAGCGCUGCUUCGCGCGCCUUAACGACGCGUGGCGCACUCAGUUUCCUGCUGCCACUGAGCUGCCGCGCUGGGCUGAUCUGGAAAAGAGGGGUGUUGAUAUUUGGGCUUUAG